AUGGAGAUCUCGUCGAGAGCGGCCGCAAAGGAGGAGGCGAAUCGUCGUCAGCGCGUCUCCGAGCGGCGGAAAUUCUACGAACAAAUCGAGGAAACCGAGGUGAGAGACGGACGGAUCAACCGAUGCGUUCUGGAGUAUGACCUCGGAACCAAAGAACCCCUCGUCGAGGUAGAAGCAGCGCUCGUGCGCGACAUGAAGCCGCAUCAAGUCGAAGGUGUGAAGUUUCUCUACGAUACGGUGAUCGAGUCAAUCGAGCAAGUUUCCCAGAAUGCCCCAGGUAGUGGCGCAAUCCUGGCGCAUUGCAUGGGCUUGGGUAAGACGUUCCAGGUGAUCUCUUUUCUGCAAACGGUCAUGACUCACGGUAUCCUCAAAAGAUACAUCAGAAAAGUCAUCGUGGUCUGUCCCUGCAAUGUCGUAUUGAACUGGGUGAGGGAGUUCGAGAUGUGGAUCGAUGAGAACGAAGACGUCAAAGACGCGCUCAGAGUGUACGAGUGCAGUGGACCGAAAAACAUCCACGAACGGCUGGAAAUGCUCGAGGAUUGGAGCAGGAACGGCGGUGUAUUCAUCUUGGGAUACUCAAUGUUCAGACUCAUGUCUCGGAAAAACGCGGCGCCAUGGGAAAUCGAAGCCAAACUACCUCUCCUCCUCCACGACCCCGGAGCCGACCUCGUCGUGUGCGAUGAAGGCCAUCUCCUCAAGAAUGGGAAGACUCAAAUUUCGAAGGCCAUGAACCUGAUCAGGACCAAACGCCGAGUGAUUCUGACAGGAACGCCGCUGCAGAAUAACAUGUCCGAGUACCAUUGCAUGCUGAGCUUCGUAAAACCGAAUCUUCUCGGGACUCACAAGGAAUUUAACAAUCGCUUCCUGAUCCCCAUCACCUACGGUCAAGAACUUCACGCCACUGUCUACGCGGUGCGACGCAUGAGGAAACGCGUGCAUAUAUUAAACCAAUUGCUAGCUGGAUGCAUCCAUCGACGCGACUACAAUCAUCUGACACCCUAUCUCCCCACGAAAUUCGAGUACAUAAUAUCGAUCGAGUUAUCGGAUAUGCAGAAGAAUCUUUAUCGUCAAUACCUCGAUUACAUUGGUAUCGGCGAGGAUACUCCGCGCGAACGUCUCAAGAGACGCAUGCUGUUGAUGGACUACCAAGUUUUGAAAAUGGUCUGGACGCAUCCGAGUCUCGUGACAGAAAGCGAACAUCGACGGGAGCAGAUACGGCAAAGGAGGACCAGCAAACAGAAGCCGCUCAACCUCGAUGACUCCAUCGGAGCCUGGGACUCUCUUGUAUUCGGUCAAAUCGGCCAAGAGGAAAUCUUGAAAUUCUGCGGCCUCGACGAAUUCCGCUUUGAGACUCAGAACGAGCAAGCAGGACCGGUGGAUAUCAGCGCAAAGGGAGAGCCGGACAAAUGGUGGAGCGAUGUCCUCCCGAGCGGUGCCGAGGAGCUCGAAAGCUUAGCGCUUUCGUCAAAACUCUCGCUCGCAUUCGAAAUUCUCCGAGAGAGUGAGCUGGUUGGAGAUAAGGUAAUCUUAUUCAGUACUAGUAUACUGACAUUGGAUCUCGUUGAAAGGAAUCUGCGGAUCGAAUAUGACAGGGCUGUCGCAGAAAACCCCGAGAGCUCGGCCAUUCGGAGUUGGCUUCCCGGCGUCGAUUACUUCCGAUUGGAUGGGAAGACCGAUAUCAACGUCCGAAAAAGAGACAUCGAUCAGUUCAACGAUCCCCGAAACAGAAGGGCGAGGCUUUUCCUCGUCAGCACGAAAGCUGGAGGGAACGGGACGAACAUGGUGGGAGCGAAUCGCGUUAUCGUUCUUGACGCCUCGUGGAAUCCGUCUGACGACAGUCAGGCCGUAUUCCGAGUGUACCGUUUCGGCCAGACAAAGCCGGUCUUCGUAUAUCGCCUUGUGGCGCAUGCGACCAUGGAGGAAAAGAUUUACGAUCGACAAGUGAGCAAAAUCUCGCUCGCCUGUCGAGUGGUGGACGAACAGAAUCUCGAGCGUCAUUUCAACGAAGCGGAUCUCAGAGCUCUCUAUGAGUUCAAGCCCGAGAAGGACGCGCGGAGAACUCCCUCCAUUCCGAAAGAUCCGCUCCUCGCGGAGCUGCUCCUCAGAUGCAGAACACUAAUCCGGGGUUACCACGAGCACGACUCGCUACUCCGUCAAGAACUCGAGGACGAACUAACUGAAGAAGAGCGGAAACAGGCCUGGAAGGAAUAUGAGGACGAACGCGACGGCAAGGCCCCGCCUCGUGCACCGACCUCGCUCUCGGAAUCGGCCGCAUCUGCGCCGGGCAAGCGAAGCCAGCCUGCUUCAACUGGCUGUCCGACUACACCGGCUCCCUUCGUUUACGAUGUGAACCAAGAUCCUUACUGGCAGCAGGUUGCUCCUCAUGCCGAGGCUCAAGACUACGAGGAGCUCCACAAGCAGAUGCUGGGCGAUUUCAUGACCGGUGCGUUGCCCUUGCCUGCGCAGAGCAUUUCCCCGGUGGCACAGCAACAGUACGAGAUUCCGCAAUGGUUACUUGGUGGGGUCCCGAAUGUCGCGUCGGCGCCCGACACAGGAACGCCCGCCGACUUGGGGAAAUUGUUGAAUGAAUCGAUGCUGACCGCUUUCGGGGUCGACGAUCCUUCGAUGGGUCCGAAAUAG